AACAGAGAGCGAGAGCGAGCGAGCAUCACUGUGGCCUGCGCGCGUCUAUUGUUCGCUCCGCGCGUGAACACAAAGAGUCUCGAGGCGGGUGGAUCGAGCGCGAGCGGCGCGGCACCUGCAGCUCGAGGCCUCGCGCGACUCAAACCGGACGAUUCUGCGCUAAUAACCGCCAUUCUCCAUGAUUUCCCACCGAUUUUAACGUUCAUCCGCGUCCCGGGAUUCGCAUAAAGCCCGUGCGGAGACGCGGAGACGCUCGGUCCUCCGCUCCAUCAGUGUUUCAGGCUGUUCCUCCAAGACCUUCAAGCUGUACUCCCCAAAGGAGCCCCCCAACGGAAGCGCUUUCCCCCCCUUCCACCCCGGCACCAUGCUGGACCGAGACCUGGGCCCGACGCCCAUGUAUCCCCCAUCAUACCUGGAGCCAGGCAUCGGGAGACACACACCUUACGGGAAUCAGACAGACUACAGGAUAUUUGAGCUCAACAAGCGGCUUCAGAACUGGACGGAGGAGUGUGAUAAUCUGUGGUGGGACGCUUUCACUACGGAGUUCUUCGAGGAUGACGCUAUGCUCACCAUCACGUUUUGUCUGGAGGACGGUCCUAAACGAUACACGAUCGGCCGGACGCUGAUUCCUCGUUACUUCAGGAGUGUGUUUGAAGGUGGCGCCACGGAGCUCUGCUACAUUCUCAAGCAUCCUAAAGAGUCCUUCCACAGCAACUUUGUGUCUCUGGACUGUGAUCAGUGUACGAUGGUCACGCAGAACGGCAAGCCCAUGUUCACACAGGUGUGUGUGGAGGGCCGUCUGUACCUGGAGUUCAUGUUCGAUGACAUGAUGAGGAUAAAGACGUGGCAUUUCAGCAUCCGGCAGCACAGAGAGCUCAUCCCCCGGAGCAUCCUGGCCAUGCAUGCUCAGGACCCGCAGAUGUUGGAUCAGCUGUCCAAAAACAUCACCAGAUGCGGCCUGUCAAACUCCACCCUCAACUACCUCCGAUUGUGUGUGAUCCUGGAGCCCAUGCAGGAGCUGAUGUCCAGACACAAGACGUACAGUCUGAGUCCCCGAGACUGUCUGAAGACGUGUCUCUUCCAGAAGUGGCAGAGGAUGGUGGCUCCUCCAGGUCAGGAGGCGCUCGUGUGUCUCAGAGACUCAGCUGGUGUCUGUGUAGUGUGUGUGUGUGAGCUCAUGUGUGUGUGUGUGUCCGCAGCGGAGCCGGCCAGACAGGCGCCCAGUAAGAGACGGAAGCGUAAGAUGUCGGGCGGCAGCACCAUGAGCGCCGGCGGCGGCUCCAACAACAACAGCAACAGCAAGAAGAAGAGCCCAGCAAACAGCUUCCCGCUGUCCAGUCAGGUCCCGGAUGUGAUGGUGGUGGGCGAGCCCACGCUGAUGGGAGGAGAGUUCGGGGACGAGGACGAGCGUCUGAUCACGCGGCUGGAGAACACACAGUUCGACGCGGCUAACGGCAUCGACGACGAGGACAGCUUUAACAACUCGCCCGCGCUGGGAGCCAACAGCCCCUGGAACAACAAGCCUCCGUCCAGCCAGGAGGGCAAGAACGACAACCCCACCUCACAGCCGUCUCAGUGAGACUCGGACGGGGGCGGAGCCUGGGGCGGAGCCAGAGAGCGUCAGCAUCCAAUGGGAAGAAAGAGGUGCGGUCGACUCAUUCAUCUACCUGCAGUAGCUGGUCUUCCUGUCAGCAGAGGAAGUGAUGAGGACAGCGUUUACUCGUCACAGGACAGGUUUUAUUCACUCGCUCGUGGUUCUGUUGGUGAUUUAUGAGGAGCCUGUAGAUAGUUCAUAUGUUUAAGUUAAGAGGAAGAGGAGAAAUCUGACCACAUGAAGCACCAACAAGACCAAGACACAUCCAGCUCCUGUUUCACUCACAAGAAAUGUCAUUCUGCAAGAGAAAAAUAUGAUUAAAAAAUCACCUUUAAUACUGUUUUGUAUGAAGCUUGUUUCUGCCACUGAGUUUUUAUCUCACGAUUCUGACUUCUAGCAACUGCGCCGAUCUUAUAAUUCAGAUUAUUCAUUUUGCAAUUGCGACUUUUUCACUAUUUUUUGUUUUUUCUCAAAGUUGGUGAGAUAAACUGAAAUUGUAGUAUUUUUCCUCUAAAUUGAACCGUAACUUUGCAGUUGCGAGUUUAUCAAUUCUGAGAAAAAUUACACGCAAUUAGAAUUGUGAGGAAAAAGUCAGAACUAUGAAAUAAAAAAAUCCAAAUUACCUUUUUAAUUUUUAAAGUAGUUUCCAUAGUUUUAUUAUUGUAUUGUGAUGUUUUUUUUUUUUUAAUGUGAAACAGCAUAAAUCUAAACACUACCGUUCUUAUUCUCGUUUUCAUUACAGUAAAGAGAUUGUUUAAUCAUGAUUUUAAUGCAAACAAACUAUAAUGGACUAAAUAUUUUCUUUCAGCAAAAUGUCGUUUCUUAUAUCCGGAGUAAAAUCUCAAACACAGCAGGUUAAUUUGAGUCUCACGUUGUCCUCUGAUCGCUGGAGGAUGUUUAAUAUCACAUGAAGAGUGAAUUUUAUACCAGCCUCUAUGUCCCUAGAAUGUUUUAUUAUUAUUAUUAUUAUUUUGGUUUAUUUGUAUUUUUUCACUGAUGUUGAAAGCUGCAAACCAAGGAGUAACCGAACCGUGGAGGAUUCUGUUGGUUUGUCUUCUGUUUAACAGAGAGUUGGUUUUCGUGUACUUGUGCUUGUAUAUUUAAGGUAGUAGCAGAGUUGUGUAUAACUGUAUUGAGAUGUAUUCCUCCUUAGAGUUACAUAAAGCCAUUCUGAUCUAACGUGUAAAAAAUGAAAACACACCAACCUCGUCCUUUCCCCCUCUUGAUUAUCUUUUUAAUUUGCAUACGACUGAUGAAUUGAAAUCAAGGGCACAGUCCUGUGUUUGUUGCCUGAUUGGAAUCUGUUUCUGAAGAAUAUGCUUUCAACAGAUUCAGGUGUCUAGUUUCCUUUGUUUUCUUCUGUUCUUCAUGUGUUUAAGGAAGACCAACUGUGAUCAGCUAGUCAUGUUUCAUUAACAUGUUAGUGGUUUAUUACUCGCACACAAACACACAAUACUGCUGAAACUCAGACUAAUCCAGUUUUUUGUACUAUUGGAUUGUUUUCUCUGUCUUUCUGAGCAGCUGAAUCGAUCUGAACGGAUUAAAGGUCUGCACUUGUAAUCCAAACAAACUGGUGAUCUUUUCCACCUUAAAUCUUGUAGAAGCUCCUGUUUGAUAUAACUUUGUUUUCUUAAUUUCUGCCCUUGAUAAAUUUAAUGUAUGGAACCAAUAAAAUAUGAAUUUUCACUUUA